AUGAGUGAAGAAAAUAAAAUCGAGUUAGAGGAUGAGAAACGGGGUGGUGGCCCCCCCACCACGAGAUCCGAGAGCUCUAUUGAGAGUAAAAGUGAUCAAGACGAUGACGAGCGAGAAACGUCAUGGCAAUCGAUCUACCUGCUCACCGCCAUCGGAAUGUUUUGUGGAAUUCAAUUUUCAAUAUUUUUCCCGACGUUAUGGCCAUUUCUGAAUACAGUAGACCCCACGGCGUCCGCCUCGUUUUUUGGAUUUAUUACUGCCGCGUUUUCAGUCGGACAAGGGCUGGCUUCUCCGGUUUUUGGGUAUUGGAUGAAUAAGGCAAAGUCUGAAUAUAAGCAUGAUUAUACUUUUGUAAAAGCAGGAAACAAGCAGAUUCUGAAUAUCUAUGUUUCAUGGCUCUCACCACGAAAACGACGAGUCCGCCAACCGCUCGUCUUCGGAAUCUCCAUCAUGAUUCUCUCGAAUAUAAUCUUCUGUUUCGUUGAGGGAUUCCCGGAGAAACAACGUCGAUGGGUAAUGAUGGUCGCCAGAUUUUUCAUAGGUGUCGGCGCAGGGACUAUCGGAGUUAUGAGAGCAUACGCUGCCACUGCGAGUAGUUUGAAGGACAGAGCCAGGGCGAUCACUUUUAUUCAAGCUUCUUAUGUCAUUGGAAUGACUUUUGGACCCGGAAUCCAGGUCGCUUUCACACCAAUUGGGUACCCUGGUCUGACGGCCGGCGCAUUCCAUGUGGAUAUGUACACCUCGCCGGCGUGGUUUGCAUCUAUUAUUUCAUUUUUAUCGGUUCUUUUCAUUUUCAUAUUUCUGGAGGAGAGUUAUGCGGGAAUCGAUAAACAUGCGGAUGAGGAAGAUAGCUACACCGCGAUGCCGACAUUCGACACGAUAUCAGUGGCGGUGUGUGUUUUGACCCAAUUUACACUCAUGUUUAUCAUUACGAACCUUGAAACAAUCGGUUCCCUCUACGCCAAAAUGAUGUGGGGAUGGACGAAUGCGCAAGCGGUGGAGUACACAGGUAUCCUGCAAGCGGUGAACGGAUUGGUCGGAGUGCUGGUCUACGCACUUUUCGCCGUCAAGUUGGGAGAUUACAUUUCGCAAGCUCGUGAGCGUAUCUUCACCAUUUUCGGAUUGGCUCUCGGGGUACUGUACCACGUGGUCACAUUUCCCUAUCCAUGGGGCAAAGAUUUGCACUUUGAGCUGCGAAACGUGACUGUUCACGGGAAAAACGAGACGGAGGAGUUGGGAUGCAAUCCGGAUAAGUAUCGAUGGUGUCAUUAUACCAAAGAUGUAAACUUCUGGAUCUAUGCGUCAAUGUACGGUGUAGUGCUGGCCGCCUGCUUCCCCAUCGUCAAUAUUUCGAUGAAUACGUUGUUUAGUAAAAUUUUGGGCGCCAGGAGACAGGGAACUAUGCAAGGAAUCAUGCUGAUGGCUGGAAGUUUCGCCAGAACAGUCGGCCCAAUUCUCGUGUCGUGGAUAUUCCAGGAAUGGGGACCCGAACCGAUUUGGGGCAUUGAGAUUUUCACUCUCUCCGUCACCGCCAUCUUCUGGAUAAUUUUCUAUCGUCGGAUGACUCCAUUGAAUUCGAAUCCAAAGUUGAAUCCCUACGAAUAUUUCCAUUACGCAAAGGGUGUUCUUUAUCGGAUUUAA